AUGAAAGCAGAUACUCAUGGUAAUGAAAACAAUAGAUAUCUCAUUGGGCAUGUGUCGUGUCUCCGCUGUUCAAAAUGUGGAGCCGAGUUGUGCCUCAAGCCCCAAAUCAUCAGCAAAGGGUUUACUGGUCGCCAUGGCCGCGCGUACCUCGUCUCUGCAGAGCCUACCGCCAGUGCUGUUUCUAUGAGUGGGUCGACUUCGCAGGCUGAAUCGCUGCCCAACACUGUGAUACAGAGACCAGUUUCACGUCAAUACGUCACCGGGCUUCAUACAGUCAGCGACAUUAGUUGUGCAUUCUGCGGUAAUGUGCUCGGCUGGAAGUAUGUCUCCGCCGAGGAAGAGUCCCAGCGAUAUAAGGUCGGAAAGUUUAUCUUGGAAACAAAACGAAUAGCUAUGUCGUCAUCAUGGGAGUCACCGUACAAUACUAAUCAACCCGUGUCGCCUGGCCUCCUGAGCUCUGCGUCCGAGGAAAACACAAACCGCGAUGAGCACAUCGAGUUUGACAGUCAGGAUGAGGACGAGUGCGAAGACGUAUUUGCCGGGAUAUGGAGUCCGAGUUUGGCUGUGCGCCGAAGGAGUCGGAAGUUGGAUCGCCAUCUCCCGUUGUUUCGGUUCCCGUCUUGA